AUGCAUAUUGGAUAUGGUUCACAAUUUUAUUCUUAUCAUGAUCAAUUUUUUUCUACUAAAAAACAAAUGAUUGACCAUAUUUUAGAAGAUCAUAAAAAUAUGCAAUUUGAUAGUUUAUAUAUUCAAUAUAUUAAUUCAAUAUAUAAUGGUGAAAUUUUCUUUGAAAAAAAUAUGCCUAGAUAUGAAAGAAUUAUAGGAAAAAGAAAAGAAAUGUAUCAAUGUAAUGGCAAAAACUUCAAUUCAUUUUUACAAGCAAUAGAUGGAUGUUCUAAAAAUAUUAAUAGUAUCAGUAAACUUACAACAAAGCCGGUUAUUAUCAAUACAAACAAAAAUGAUAUUAAUCAUAUAAAUGAUGGAAUUAAUUUCAGUAAAAAAAUUUGGUAUAAGAUUUGGAAUGGUUGUGGUUAUCAAUGUUAUUCAAAAAAUAACUUUCAAAUUAUGAAAUUUAACUUUUUAAAAGAAAUAAAUGAAUAUAGAUAUGCACAUGGAUGUGGUAGAUUAAUGGAAAAUUUAAAACUUUCAAUGCACAUUCAAAUGAUUGCAGAAAAAAUUGCUAGAAUGUAUAGAAAGGGAGAAAAAAUUAACUUAAACAAUUCUGCUAUAGUAAAUCUAAUGAAUGCACCAUUAUUAAUUAAAACUUGGUAUGAUGAAAAUAAGUAUUAUAAUUAUGAAAGUAAUUAUUUAAAUCAAAAAGCAAUACAUUUUACAUCACUUAUUUGGAUGAGGACAAGGUAUAUUGGUUUUGGCAUUACUAAGGUAAAUGAAAUGUUAGUUAUUACAAUUAUGUAUGAACCACUUCCAAAUAUUCCUAAUUUAUUUACCAAAAAUAUUUUUAGGAGAAAAAUUUAA